GCCCCGGGCGGCUGUCGCGUGGUGCUGAUCGCUGAGGGAGGAAUUAGGCCGAGAGACUCGCUGCAGGAUUUCUUCUUAUUUUUACGGUAUUUUACAUGUUUUAAUGAGAAUUCGGCAUUCGGCGGCUCAGAGCGAAGCCGAGUGGAGCGGAGAGGAGCAGGACUGAGGGAAGAGACACACACACAACACGGAUUUUUGUGGUUUAAGUCGGAGAGCACGUUCACAUUGGGGGAAAGGAGGAACGGAGACAUGGCCACUCAGGUGGAGACUCUCCUGCACACCACCAGCACCACCACCGCCACCACCCCCGGCACCCCGAGCCCGAGCCUGCAGGAGGACGACCCGCAGCCUCUCGCUGGGCACGGAGAGCUCAGCCCGGAGCCCAGCUCCAAGCAGGCCGGGGAGGAGAGCAGCCCGCAGGACAAGAAGGAGUUCAGAGAAGCGCCUCCGCCCAAAGUCAACCCCUGGACCAAGAAGCUGAACGCGGUGACAGUGAACGGACAGGCCGCCGAGCCAACUGGACCGGCAAAAGUGGUGAGAGCAGGAAACCCUCGACCCAGGAGAGGAGGAAAGGUUGGAGAUUUUGGAGAUGCAACCAACUGGCCGACACCUGGAGAGAUCGCCACCAAGGAAGUGCAGGGGGUUAAGAAGGCUUCAGUAAAAAAGGAGUAUAAGGAAAAGCGGGAGAGUGAGGAGACCAAAGAGAACCAGAAGACCAAAUCAGAUGAUUCAGGAGAGGAGAAGAAUGGAGAAGACGACUCGCACAAGAACAGCGCUCACAGAAAGAAAGCAGGAAAUAAGCAUAAGUGGGUUCCUCUGAUGAUCGAGGUGAAGUCCAAGGGACCACGCGAGCGCUCGGCCUCCAGGAACAACGCACGCCAGGGAGAAACUCCCAGAAUGCACCAAAACAACAGGAACGACCUCAGAGACUGGCACAGUGGGAAAUACGAGCGUGAACAGUUCAGAGAGGAUCAUGAUGAGGUGUCGAGUGUGAAGAGCGAGGGAGCGCCAUUCAGGGGUGGGUUCAGGGGACGCGGGAGAGGGCGGGGUCGAGGAGGAAGAGGACGAGGAGGACGAGGAGGACGAGGUCACUAUGACUAUCAGUAUGGCUUCAAGUACGAGGGGAAGGACGGCGUGUACGACCCGAAAUACACACAGUCAGUGACCUAUUAUUACGACAACAUGAGCAGCGCCGAGCUGUACACUGUGGACCAGGACCUGCUGAAAGAAUACAUCAAGAGACAGAUUGAGUACUACUUCAGUGUGGGGAAUCUGGAGCGAGACUUUUUUCUCAGGAGGAAGAUGGAUGAAGGUGGCUUCCUACCUGUAGCCCUGAUUGCUAGCUUCCAUCGUGUUCAAGCGCUCACCACUGACAUCAGCCUCAUCACUGAGGCUCUAAAGGACAGUAAGGAGGUGGAGAUAAUUGAUAUGAAGAUUAGAUGUAAAGAAGAUCCAGAGAAAUGGCCUCUUCCUGGAUUCACACUUUCUGAACACACACACACUGACUUCUCCCAGCUCAUCCACUGUCCUGAGUUUAUCCCCCGCACCACAGGCGACACACCUCUCACAGGUUCUCCUCGUGUGCAUUCUGCAGCAGAUCAGAAGCAGGAAGAAGUGUGUAAUCUGAAGACGAUGCCGAAGGGUUUAUCAGCGAGUCUCCCGGACCUCGACUCUGAGUGCUGGAUCGAAGUGAAGAAACGGCCACGCCCCUCGCCCGCAAGACCAAAAAAGCCGGAGGACCCUCGCAGUGGCCUUACUGCAGGGGAUCAGGACGAGCCCGAGGAGCUGGACUUCCUGUUUGACGAGGAGAUGGAGGCGAUGGACGGGCGGAGGAACACCUUCACCGAGUGGACGGACGACGAGUCAGACGGUGAGAUCGACGACCACGAUGUCAACAAGAUCCUGAUUGUGACUCAGACCCCGCCGUAUCUGCGCAAACACCCCGGGGGCGACCGGACCGGCAACCACGUGUCCCGCUCCAAACUCACUAACGAGCUCGUCAAGGUCAUCAACGACGGCCUGUUCUACUACGAGCAGGACCUGUGGGACGACUCGUAUGAGCCGGAGUACGCCACCAUCAAGCAAGAGGUGGAGAACUUCAAGAAGGUUCACCUGAUCAGCCGUGAGCAGUUUGACUGUUUGACCCCUGAACCUCCCAUCGACCCCAACCAGGAAGUGCCGCCCUGCCCGCCUCGCCCACAGCACAUUCCCACAGAUGACCUGGCGAAUAAGCUGUUUGGUGCUCCGGAGCGUUCCGUGAUGGCGCGCUCUCUCCCCACCGCCGUGCCCGACUCGCCCGGAUACAGAGCGCCACACACACCUCACACACCGCGCACACCCCGCUGCAAGCACAGUACACACACACCUCGCUUUUACCCCGUCAUCAAAGACGGUCGGCCAGUGGAUGCCAAGACGCCGCGAAAAAGGAAGACACGUCACAGCUCGAAUCCCCCGAUGGAGUGUCACGUCGGUUGGGUGAUGGACUCGCGAGAACAUCGAUCACGAACUGCAUCUGUCAGCUCUAAUGCGAGUCCGUCUGAAGGCACAGCGGCUCUUGGGAACAUCGGCUGCACCCCUCAGUCUCUUCCUAAAUUCCAGCAUCCAUCACACGAGCUGCUGAAGGAGAACGGCUUCACACAGCACGUCUACCACAAGUACAGACGGCGCUGCCUCAAUGAGCGUAAGCGGCUGGGGAUCGGUCAGUCUCAGGAGAUGAACACACUCUUCCGUUUCUGGUCGUUCUUCCUGCGUGAUCACUUUAACAGGAAAAUGUACGAGGAGUUCAGACAGCUGGGAGUCGAGGACGCCAAGGAGGGUUACAGGUACGGAUUGGAGUGUCUGUUCCGGUAUUUCAGUUACGGUCUGGAAAGAAAAUUCAGACCUGACAUUUUCAAAGACUUCCAGGAGGAAACCAUCAAAGAUUACGAAGCAGGUCAGCUGUACGGUCUGGAGAAGUUCUGGGCUUUUCUCAAAUACUCUAAAGCCAAGAAUCUUGAGAUCAACUCCAAACUGCAGGAGUACUUGCGCAGUUUUAGACGCCUGGAGGACUUCAGAGUGGACCCCCCAAUGGAUGAAGGUCGUAGACGUCACUCCUCCAGCGGGGAUGGGCGUCGCCGUCACCCGUCUCAGUCCUCCGCUCGCCACGGCCACACCACUGACCACGCCCCGGAGCCGAAGCCUGGCCCCGCCCCCGCCGCUGCUGACUCUGGCCAGUGAUCCAACCAAGGGACCCGUACAUCACCAUCCUCACGCCACUCACUCAUUACCCAUAAUCCUCUGGGGUCCAGCCUCUCUCUCUCUCGUACGCAUCUCAUGGCCCGAGCGCUGCGCGGAGGACGACCUGAGCGCUUCCCGCCAGACCUCCGCUGUUUAUUUAGACAUUUUCACACGAGAGAGGCUUCUCGUCUGGCUUCACUUUUACUCUCAUCGUUUAUUUUUUAUUUUUAUUUGAACAUUUCACUCAGCGUGACCUUUGACAUUUUCAGCCUGAGCCUGUAUGAUUGCCUGAGAGGUGGAUGAUGAGUUGUUGUUGUUUUGGGUUUGGACUUCCUGUUUUGGAAUUCGGUUUGCUGUUAAACGCAGAGAGACGAAGACUGAGAGCCGGAACCUCAGAACCUUUCAUCACUUUUUCCACAGUUGCCUUAUUUUACUGAGGUUUUCUGGUAAUUGUGUGCCAGAGACCCUAACCCCGCCCCCAACCAUCGCCCUCUAUAUACACACACACACACACACACACCCUCCUCUGACUGUGCUGUAGGCGUUUGCUUCCCCUUGUCGCCGUGUCUUCCGUGUGCUCUGUCCUGGACCAUUAGCGCCCUCUGGCUGCGUGUUUGUGUCUGUGUUCACGCCCAGCGUCUGUACGUCAUCAUAAUUACUUGAACAAGAGGAGGGGAACACGUGGGAACGUCUGAUCAUGCUGCAGGUGCUCAAUGACUUUAAUAUAUACACACACACACACACACACACACACAAGGAAGAAGAAAAAACUUUGAAUACAUUUUCAGAUAUCAACUCACCUGAGAAGCCCCACCCCCUUUUUUUUUUUGUCUGAUGGAUGGGCGGAGAAAUGAACUGAGCGUUGCUCUUUGUUCCUCUCACAGAGGGAUGACUCCUCCCUAACCACGCCCAUCCUAUUAAUCCUAAAAGAUUAUCCUAAAGGAUGGACUGAGGGGUGUGGCCUCAUGAGUUUGGGACAUGCCCCGUAUUCUCUGAUUGAUUAAAGAUUAUAUAUUCGCCUUAUAUGUGUACAAUAUUUUUAGUUUUAUUGUCCCAAUUAUUUUUUUUUAACAGGUUUUAAUUUUGCUGUAUCGUAGCUACGCUUAAGUUUCAGUGCCACAUGAGGAAGGUAGGAAGAUUAUCUGAAUAAAUACAGAGAGGGAAUAACUGCAGCUCAUCUCACAUUUGCAUAUUAAACACUUAAUUACAGAGUUAAUUGGCUAACAAGUUGUUUUUGAGCGACUUGAUAUUUCCUUCCUGUUAUAAAGGAGUUAUUUGGUGAAUGAGGAGGAACAAAGGUCAGAAAGAGUUUUAAUUUCAAACACUUUCAUUAUUGUUCUGUUUAUUUUAACACUGAGGGUGAAACUUGUGUUAAGAGAUAAUAAAUAGUGAUCUGGUUAUUAACAGCGUUAUUGCAUAAAGCCAUAGAUGUUUAAAAUAAAACCGCAGUGUAAGGUGUUUAAAUGUUAAAAGUUCAUCACCUGUAUGCUCAUGGACUCGUGAAAAUGAAGAGGAAAAACAAUCAAAAAACAAAACCCAAGUGUAAGAUACUUGAAUGCCUGUGUAUGAUACCAGUGAAUAUUCUUGCGCUCUGCUUUGUAGGCUGCUGUGAUUGGCUCUUAGUGUCAUUUGUAAUUUGUAGUAAAUUUCCUUUUCCUUAAUGAAUAAAAAAAAAACAUAUAAAAUAGACCAAAAAACCCUUAAAA